AGCUUUUAUCAAGUGGUGAUUUUAUGCAAUGGCAUCAAGCCACAGUUCUUCACCAGUGCCUCAGUCAAACAGCAGUGAUGCUUUCUUUAAAAAAGAAACAGACACCACGAAACGCUUUCACCCUGUGCAGUCACUGCCUGAUGUGUGUCCCAAGGAACCUACAGGAGAUCCCAAUAAUUUAUGUGACAGUCCCUCUCUAGUUGUGGAUCAGCACAGAUGGACUAUUUAUCAUUCCAAAGUCAAUCUCCCAGCAGCACUAAAUGAUCCUAGGUUAGCAAAAAGGGAAUCUGAUUUCUUUACAAAAACAUGGGGAGUGGACUUUGUGGACACUGAAGUCACGCCUUCAUUCUACCUCCCACAGAUCACCAAGGAACAUUUUGCAUUAUACCAACAGGAAAUCGCUCCGAGAGAGAAGGUUCAUGAAAGAUGCAAGAAUAUUUGUGCUCCUAAAGAUACCUUCGACAGGACUCUAUUACACACCCAUGAUAAAUCCAGGACAGAUCUGGAACAAGUACCUAAGAUUUUUAUGAAACCAGAUUUUGCCUUGGAAGAUUCAUUAACAUUUAAUGCCGUUUUACCAUGGUCUCAUUUUAGUACUGCUGGUGGCAAAGGAAAUCGUGACACAGCUUCCUCCAGGUUACUUCAAGAAAAGCUGAGCCAUUAUCUGGACAUUGUGGAAGUUAAUAUUGCUCAUCAGAUUUCUCUGCGCUCAGAAGCAUUUUUCCAUGCAAUGACCUCUCAGCAUGAGUUGCAGGACUACCUCAGGAAAACCUCCCAGGCUGUAAAAUUGCUUAGAGAGAAAAUCUCUAAAAUUGAUCAAGUGGUGUGUGAAGGAUCGCUUCGAGUUUUAAGACUGUCCCUCACCAGAAAUAACUGUAUAAAAGCAUACAAUAAAUUGAAGUUAAUGGCUACUGUGCACCAAACACAGCCCACAGUACAGUUGCUGCUAUCCACUUCUGAGUUUGUUGGAGCUUUGGACUUAAUAGCAACUACACAGGAGGUGUUACAGCAAGAGCUUCAAGGUAUUCACAGUUUCCGGCAUCUUGGCUCACAGCUUUGUGAACUGGAAAAGCUGAUAGAUAAAAUGAUGAUUGCAGAGUUUUCAACUUACGCUCGCAAUGAUUUAAAUAGACCCCUAGAAGAUGAUUGCCAAAUUCUAGAAGAGGAGAGACUUGUUUCUCUAGUAUUUGGACUAUUAAAACAACGGAAGCUAAAUUUUUAUGAAAUAUAUGGAGAUGAAAUGAUUAAUACUGCAAAGAACAUAAUUAAACAGUGUGUGGUUAAUACCGUAUCGCAGAUAGAAGAAAUAGAUACAGAAGUGGUUGUUAAGCUUGCAGACCAAAUGAGGAUGAUGAAUUUUCCUCAGUGGUUUGAUUUACUGAAGAAUAUUUUUUCUAAAUUCACCAUCUUCCUCAAGAGAAUAAAGGCAACGUUAAAUACUAUCCGUAGCGUGGUUUUCUUGGUUCUAGACAAGAACCAAAAAAACAGGGACCUGGAGGACACCUUACAGAAGGACUCUGCUAAAGAGAGCACGGUGGACACUGAAGUGGCUUACCUGACUCACGAAGGCAUGUUCAUAAGCGACGCGUUCAGCGAAGGCGACCUCCCAACUGGAGCAGCUGACACUACCUCUCAACGGAACACUUCCCCAAACAGUGAGCCCUGCAGCAGUGACUCAGUCUCUGAACCAGAGUGCACUACUGAUUCCUCGUCCAGCAAAGAGCAGACAUCCUCUUCUGUUACUCCCGGAGGAGUAGAGAUGAUGAUCAGUGACGACAUGAAGCUGACUGAUCUGGAGCUGGUCAGGCUGGCAAACAAUAUUCAAGAGUUACUUUAUAAUGCCUCUGAUAUCUGCCAUGAUCGUUCAGUCAAGUUCCUCAUGGCAAGAGCAAAGGAUGGCUUCCUGGAGAAGCUGAAUUCCAAUGAGUUUGUUAGUCUUUCUCGCUUGAUGGAAGGCUUUAUCAUGGAUACUGAGCAGAUCUGUGGCAGGAAGAGUAUGUCUUUGCGAGGAGCACUUCAGAGUCAAGCCAAUAGAUUUGUGAAUAGAUUUCAUGAGGAGAGGAAGACAAAACUAAGCCUACUUUUGGACAACGAGCGCUGGAAACAAGCUGAAGUUCCUGCCGAGUUUCAGGACCUCGUUGAUUCUGUGUCAGAUGGCAGAAUUUCUCUCCCUGAAAAAAAACCAGCAGCUACUGAAGAAAGAAAGCCAGCUGAAUUCCUUGUUGUUGAAGGACAAAAAUAUGCAACAGUUGGGACAGUAUUGCUGCUAAUAAGAAUAAUCCUUGAGUACUGCCAGUGUGUGGAUAACAUUCCUUCCAUCACUACUGACAUGCUGACCCGCCUGUCAGAUUUACUGAAG